AUGGAUAAUGUCAUGGACCCAGAGCUCGCAGCUGAAAUGGUAAAGCUUCUGGGGCAGGAACUUAAGGCCGUUCGCAACCAACUCCGUGAAGCUGAGCAGGCGAGAACUCCUGCUAGCGAUGUCAACUCAGCUGGUCCUCAAUUGCAACGCGAAGACGCCCUACGGUUAGAGAUAGCUACACUAAAGGUUGAGAACACUAGCCUUCGAGAAGAACUUUCACGUCUCCAGGAUCAAACAACAAACGUUCCAGUCAAGAUAGAGGGCGAUCCCUGCAAUCUUGUAGCGCAAUACUCUGCGUCGAUGGACGCAAUUCAGAAAGAAUUAGCUGACGCAAUUAGCGAGAAAAACGCGGCAACAUUGGACAAGGAGAAGGCAGAUGAACAACUUGCAGAGCUGACAAGUGUUCGUGAAAAAUAUCGGAAGCUUAAAGCGAGCAAACGAGAGUGCCAAGAGGUCAUCGAUGAACUACGUGGCCAACUUGAACUCUGUUUAGAAGAACGAGAGCAUUGGGCGGCAGAAGGAAAAGCACUUAAAUCCGACCCACCUACAUUCUUUCGGAACACAGAGUAUCCGACUGCCGGUGACCAGCCGAAUUCUAAUGAGAUUCCUGUAUACUCUCCCAUCUUCUCUAUGGGUAUUCCCAGGACAGCUCGAACUCAUUGUCGCUGUGACGGCACCCUUCGUCUUGAGAGGGAUGUUGUAAUGUUCGCCCGCGCAGGAAUCGCCCUAGGUCUUAUUGUAAGACCAACGCAUCAAUAUAAUCCCCAAAAGAACAAUGGCGCAUGGUUCCGUGUUCGACCGGAUAUUGAACUUGGUCAAAAGAAAGACUUGUGUUAUCACGACGGCCACGGCUGGAAGUAUCUUGGAACCUAUGAAAGAACAGGCGAAUCGUUCCUUCUUUCAGCAGAGCACACCAAGAAGCUGAGCUCUCCAAGGAUGGAAGCGAUGGCUAAGGACACCGUCUUAUUCCGAGACCUUAUUCCACCUUCGCAGAUGCGAAUGGUGGAGAAGAUGUAUUGGGAUGGUGUUCUUCAAAUCGAAAUGUUUGGUAUCCGGCGUGUCGCCUACGACCAAGAAUUCGCUAAACAACUCUUCGAAAGGCGCAAGGAUCUUCCAAAAAACGUGAAGGAUAGCACUUUUACAAGUAACAAGCGGAAAAGAGGCUUUGAGACUGAUGAAAGGCUUGAUCUCAAUAGAAAAAGGCCUUCAACAUCCGGGAUAAAGGAGGAGGAGAGCUCAGCGCCAUGA